AUGACCGUCUACUCUUUCUAUAUUUUCGAUCGCCACGCGGAAUGCAUCUACAAGCGCCGCUGGCUACCUCGCCCAACCUCGAUCGUGGGCAAAUCCAACCAGGUGCCGGGAGCCGCGCCAGCAGGGCUUGGACAGACUGUGAAAGCAGGAGAUGAUGAUGCGAAGCUGGUUUUUGGAACGGUCUUCUCGCUACGGAAUAUGGUGCGCAAGUUGGGUGGGGAAGAGGACAACUUCGUUUCAUACAACACCAGCCAGUACAAGCUGCACUACUACGAGACACCGACCAAUAUCAAGUUUGUCAUGCUGACGGACCUCAAGAGUCCCAGCAUGCGCAUCGCGCUGCAGCAGAUCUAUAUCAAUCUCUUUGUGGAAUACGUCGUCAAAAACCCGCUGUCUCCGGUCGAGCACCCCGGUGGCAUCGGUGUUAACAAUGAGCUUUUUGAAGAGUCCCUGGAACAGUUUGUGACUCGUGUUCUAGCGUGA